UCUUCAUCAUUGCCUAAGAGACGUGCUAUUUUGGCAUUUUUCUCCCAAUUAUAUCGCUUAAUUGGCCCCAAGUGAAUCCCAUUCUGGCAUUGUUUUUUUUUUGGUUGGGGAUUUGGUUUCUGUUUCUCUAAUUGGCUUGUCCGAGGGGGUCUGGAUUAUCUCCUUUCUUCAAAACGUAAGAACCCAGAUUUUGAUUGUGGAUAUACUAUCUUUCGUUUCAUUUCUUUACCCUUCUGUUUCUGAAGUCUAUUUCUCUUCUGGGUUUUCAUCUUCUUUCCAAUUUUUAUUUCGUAAGUGUUAGUUUUACAGUUGAUCGGAUUGUUUAUUAUAGAACACCUGGUUUUUAUAUUUUACAAGAACCUGGGUAUUUUGAUUCUGGUGGCUUCGUUAAAAGUAGUCAUUUGAUUGUAUACGAUCCUCUAUUGCAAAGCUUUGAAAGCUUAUCAGAUUUCUUGAAAAAUUAGCUUGGUAGUCGUUUGGGAUUUCUUAAAUCCUUCAGCUGUUUUGAGUUUGCGUUGAUAAUUGCGAAGAUGACCAUUGAAAAUUUUACUCCAAGGGAAGAGAAGAGGUCGGAAAGGAAGAAAUCUGCAGUGGAUGAGAAAUCUCCUUUGUUACCAAGUAGACAAGAUGACGGUUCUGGGGUUAAUGAAUUCAGUGGAGCUUCCUUUAGCGGGGCAGUGUUUAAUUUAUCGACCACAAUCAUUGGUGCUGGGAUCAUGGCUUUGCCAGCUAUGGUGAAAGAGUUGGGCCUCCUUUUAGGGGUUGCUAUGAUCAUCAUCAUGGCAUUCCUUACAGAGGCUUCGAUAGAGCUCUUGCUCAGGUUCAGUAGACCGCGGAAAUCUACUUCUUAUGGAGGUUUAAUGGGAGAUGCUUUUGGGAGAUACGGUAAAAUUAUGUUGCAGAUAUGCGUUCUUGUCAACAACAUUGGUGUUCUUACUGUGUACAUGAUUAUUAUAGGUGAUGUGCUCUCCGGAACCACCGCAAGCGGUGUUCACCAUGCUGGUGUGCUAGAAGGAUGGUUUGGCCAACAUUGGUGGAAUGGUCGAUUUUUUGUACUUCUAUUUACAACGCUUGGGAUUUUUGCACCAUUGGCAUGCUUUAAGCGAAUAGAUUCAUUGAGCUAUACAUCCGCCUUAUCAGUCGCAUUGGCUGUGGUAUUUCUUGUCAUUACCAUCGGAAUUUCAGUUUACAAGUUGAUAGAUGGCAGCAUUAACAUGCCCAGAUUGCUCCCUGAGAUUAUCGACAUUUCAUCAUUUUUGAAGCUAUUUACUGCUGUUCCGGUUGUGGUUACUGCCUAUGUAUGCCAUUACAAUGUUCACAGCAUAAGCAAUGAACUGGAGGAUUCUUCACAGAUAAAGGCAGUUGUACGAACUGCCAUUGCUUUGUGCGCUUCUGUUUAUAUUAUGACCAGCAUCUUCGGCUAUCUCCUUUUUGGUGAAGGAACUCUCUCAGACGUACUUGCAAACUUUGAUGCUGACCUUGGCAUUCCCUAUGGUUCUGUGUUUAAUGAUGCUGUCCGUGUCAGCUAUGCAGCACAUCUGAUGCUUGUAUUUCCAAUCGUUUUUUACCCGUUGAGAGUUAACUUGGAUGGCCUCCUCUUUCCAUCCGCUCGACCAUUGCUCCGAGACAAUUUGAGAUUUUCGCUGAUCACAGUCACACUUAUUACUCUCCUUUUCUUGGGAGCAAAUUUCAUUCCAAGCAUCUGGGAUGUCUUCCAAUUUACUGGUGCAACUGCUGCUGUCUGCCUUGGAUUCAUAUUCCCUGCUUCUGUAGCUUUGAGGGAUUCACACAAUAUAGCGACGAAAAAGGACAAGGUGUUGGGUAUUUUCAUGGUUGUUCUUGCAGUUUUCUCAAACAUCAUUGCCAUAUACAGUGAUGCCUACGCAUUGUUCAAAAGGGACUCCUCACCCCGAAACUAAUCGAUCAUGCUCUCUCUCUCUGAUCACGACAUGAUCGUUGUAUCUUCAGCCAAGAAAGCUCAACUGAUGCAAAACCAGAUGCAUUGUGUCAAUCGGAAGUUUGAAGGUUUGGGUAAAGACUUUUAGUUCAAAAUAAUUAGAUGAAUGUGCAGUUGUGUUGGAGGUUGGUUCGUACUGUCUAUUGUCCUUCAUGUGUAUUAUAUAUAAUAUUAUUCCCUUAUUAGUUUGCAAUAAACAUGAUGGAACGUUUGAUGGACACACGUUUCUAUUGUUUUGUUUGUUGUCUAUUACUUUCAAGUCUUAGUACUCAUUCUUACA